UCUGAAAAUGAAGAAUUACCUACUAUUAAUAUUAAAGAAGGUCUUACAUCUUUAAAAAAAUGGAUAAAAUUUAUGAGUAAAAAACAAAAAAAAUUAGAUAGUAUUUUUUCUACAGAUAUGAGUUUUGAAAUAACUGAAGUAGAUACUUUAAAUUAUAAUUUUGAAAUGAAUGAAAAUUCUGAAUUGGAAGAUAAUAUUAAUGUAAAAUAUACAUGA